AUGUAUAAUAUACAAUUAAGCCCAACUGAUCUUACUAAUGGUACUGGUCCAUAUCAAGUUUUUCAAAAUCAAGAAUUCAGAAAUUAUAUUAAUAUGAGUUAUCCUUAUUUACAUUAUAAAUUAAUUAUUUCAAUCUUGUUGCCUACUGAUGAUACUUUAACAAAAAUUCCUCCGUUUACUAACGUUUCUGUCGGACGGUAUGAUUCGCCCAGUCCAUUUACUCAGCAAUUUAUUAAUGAAUUAGAAGCAAUUGUUGGUAAUUAUUCAUUCGAUGGUGUUGACAUUGAAUAUCCUAAUAAGUUUCCAUGCUUUCAAGCAACGCAAUUCAAUGCUAUUUAUUUGGAUUAUGUUUUCACACAGCUCCUAGUCGAUAUUUCAAAGAAAUUGAAACCAAAUAAAAAAAUUCUAACGGUUACGGCAGGCCAAUAUCCUAUAUCUGGUUUGGAUUCUAGCAUCAUUAGUUUUGCAUUUUAUCUUAACAUUAAUGCCAAAUAUGCGAGUGCUGGAAUAGAUAGUAUUCAAAAAAAUUUUAAUGUUUGGAAUACCAGCAUACUCAUACCAAAUCUUGUUUUGGGAUUCAAUGUUGGUGGUAUUGUUGAAUUGAUUAAUUCUAAUAAUAUUACAAUGGAUACUAUUAAUAACAACCUUACAAUUAUUAAUGAACCAAAUAUUCCAUACACAUUUUCUGAUGAAUUGAUUUCAGAUCCAUGUAGAGUUUCAGUAUAUGCAUCUUGGUCAUGGAAAAUUUUGAGUCAUGAAUUAUCACCACCUUGUUACGACAAUGCUUCUUCUCCAUGGACACGUGGUUUUGAUAAUAUAGCCCAACAGCCAUAUAUUUACUUACGACAACAAAAUUCUUCUACAAGAUUCUAUUACGUUUCUUAUGAAGACUUUCAAUCAUUAAAAUCCAAACUUGAUUUUGUACAGCGUGUCAAUGCAUUAGGAGUUGCAAUUUUCGAUAUCACUAGAGACAGUUAUAAUGUACCAUUACUGGAUUUCAUACCUCCUGAUAAUCGUUAUACAUCUAAUCGUAAUAAUCUAGAUAAUUCGUACUUGGGAUUAAAAAUAAUAGUUGGUGCAAUAUGUUCUUUCAUUUUAGUUAGCGUAUUAGUAGCUGGCUUUAUAUUUCAUCGAAGACAUAAAGCAAAAAUGUCUGACCAAUUAAUAGACACAAGUAAUCAAGAUUGCUCCGAUAUAAGUCAUUAG